AUGGCCGCCAAGAAACGUUGUCAAUUGCAGGCGGAGACCCCUUGCAAUUCCGCAGUCUUGCGCAUCGUCGGCGAAUGUCCGAUGUGUCGACACCAGUUCUGUGGCGAGCACCGUCUUCCGGAACACCACAACUGCAAUCAGCUGGAGGACUGCCGGAAGCAGGCCUAUGAGCGCAACAAGCUCAAGCUUGAGAGCGAACGGACCGUUGCUUCCAAGAUGGCCACUGCGUAG